AUGCCAAAUGGGCCUAAACAACUAUCGAAGCUUCUAUCAAACUCUUUGUCAAAAACUUUAACUUGUUACUAUCCAUGGGCUGGAAGUCUAAAAGACAACGACACUAUUGAGUGUGAUGACAGUGGAGCUGAGUUCUUGGAAGUCCAAAUCAACUCUCCAAUGGACAAAGUUGCUUAUCACCCAGAUUCAAAUGUCAAAGAUUUGACAUUUCCUAAAGGCGUACCUUGGGCUAAUAGCGUGGAUCGGGCCUUAACUGUAGCUCAAUUGAGCCAUUUUGAUUGCGGAGGAAUAGCACUAAGUGUUUGCAUGUCGCAUAAAGUAGGAGAUGCAAGCAGUGUCCAUUGUUUCUUGAGGGAUUGGGCUGCGUUAACUCGAAGUUCAAAUACAAUUAGGCCAUCUCCUUAUUUUGUCGAGGACUCCAUUCUACCAUCGCCAAUUGGUCCAUUGGUUUACCCUGUUCAUGGAUCAAACAUGGACAAAUGUGUCCAAAAGAGGUUUCAUUUCUCUAGCACAAAGAUAAGUGCGUUAAAAUCCUCAAUCGCCGUGCAAAAUGCAACGAGCAACGAGGCUGUAAGUGCACUUCUCUACAAAUGUGCUGCAUUUUCUGCCACCGCGACUAAUUCAGGUUCAUUCAAGCGAUCUCAGUUGAUCCAGUUCUCGGAUUUGCGAGCAAUGAUUUCGCCACGACUAUCACCAAACUCCAUAGGAAAUCUCCUUACCAUGUUCUCCUCACCGAUAUAUGACAACGAGGAAGACCUCAAGUUGCCGGAGUUAGUAACCCAUAUAAGAACGUCGAAAAACAACCUCUCCACAAGGAAGAAUGUUGAAGAAAAUGAGUUGGCUAUAGAGAUGCUAGAUGCAAAUAGAACAGGGGAGUCGAUAUUCCAUAAAAGGAAAUGUGAUAUGUACGUUUCGAGUAACUUAUGUAAGUUCCCAUUAUUACAAGAUUUAGAUUUUGGAUUUGGGAAGCCUAUUGGAGCAAGCAUUGCAAAGGGUCCAUUUAACAAGGUUAUGUUCUUGAUGAGGACCUAUGAUGGAGGAAUUGAAGCACUUGUUAACUUGGAUGAACAAGAAAUGUCUGUGUUCGAGCAUGACGAGCAACUUCUUGAAUUUGCUACUCUCACUGCUCAUUAA